AUGGAGCGACCAGAGCUUGUUGAGUCACCGCGCAAGCGGCAAAAGGUUGAGGAUGCUCCAGUGACCGAUGUUGUUGUCGAAAGGCUGCCGGAAACUGAGGUGGCAUCCGACGCGCAAACCACCAAAGAACGUGAUGUUGGCAUCACCGAGCUCGUGACUGCUGAUACCGCGGGCUUUUCGGGUAUCUUGAAAAAGAGAUACACCGAUUUCUUGGUCAAUGAGAUCACACCCUCCGGGGAGGUUGUUCACCUCAAGAACCUUGCUGCGCCAUUCUCCGCAUAUGGCGAGUCAUCUACCCCCGCUGAACAAAAGCCGUCUGCAUCGGAGGAUGCUGUGCAACCGGCUCAACAGGAGGAAGUGGUUGAGACACCAGAAGCUGUGACCCCUGCUGAGUUCAAGGUGUCCGAGGAAGACAAUGCUCUCCUCAUUGAGUACUUUGGCGCUGAAAAUGCGACCGCUAUUGUCAAUCUGCACCAGACGGCCAUGAAUUCCCCGCGGGCCCGGCCCAGCGAGUUGGGCAAGGUCAUCGUUGUAGUAAGCGAUCGGGAUCUUCGUACGAAGAUCCACCAGGCUAUCCGUCGCAUCUUCAACUCGCAGCUGGACUCCAGUACCGACAGUGAGGGUAACCUGGCUAUCACAGCGGCCAGCAACCGGUUCAAACGCAAGGCACAAGGUCACCGUGGCGGUGGUGGUCGCGGAAGCGGUGGUGGGAGAACAAACUGGGAAGAGUUGGGAGGCCCGUAUCUCCACUUCACCAUCUACAAGGAGAACAAGGACACCAUGGAGGUGAUUUCCUACAUGGCUCGAACGAUGAAGAUGAACCCUAAGGCUUUCCAGUUUGCCGGUACCAAAGACAGACGUGGUGUGACUGCUCAGCGUGCGUGUGUCCUCCGUGUCCAAGCAGAGAGACUUGCCAACAUGAACAAGUCUCUUCGCAAUGCCCAUGUGGGCGACUUUGAAUAUCGGAAGCAUGGGCUAGAGCUUGGCGACCUGGGUGGCAACGAGUUUGUCAUUACCUUGCGCGACUGUGAAUUCCCAGGCGUGGACAUGCAAGAUCCCGCCGCGGCUGUCAGCAAGGCCUCUGAACUUGUCGGUACCUCCCUGAAGAAUCUUCAUGAUCGUGGAUAUUUCAAUUACUACGGCCUUCAGCGAUUCGGAACAUUCUCCACACGCACCGACACUAUUGGCGUCAAGAUGUUGCAGGAUGAUUUCAAGGGAGCCGCCGAGGCUAUCCUGCAUUACAGUCCACAUGUCCUCGCCGCAGCUCAAGAGGGAGAAUCGUCUACGGCGCUCAUCAGCUCCGAUGACAAGGCUCGUGCGGAAGCGAUCCAUAUCUUCCAGACCACGCACAAGGUCAACGAUGCUCUUGCCAAGUUGCCCCGCAAGUUUUCUGCCGAGGCCAGCAUCAUCCGUCACCUUGGUCGCGUCCGAAAUGACUAUGUCGGCGCGCUCAUGUCGAUCCCCCGCAAUCUUCGACUCAUGUACGUGCAUGCUUAUCAGUCGUUGGUGUGGAACUUUGCCGCCAGUGAGCGCUGGCGUCUUUAUGGCGACAAGGUCGUGGAGGGGGAUCUGGUCAUCGUCAGCGAGCACAAAGACAAGGAAGGGGGCGAUGAGGCCGCGGCCAACAGUGGUGUGGAUGAGGACGGCGAGGUCAUCAUUCUGCCCCAAGGCGAAGACAGCGCCCUCGCUGCGGAAGACGCCUUUAUCCGCGCUCGCGCUCUGACGGCCGAAGAGGCCGCUAGUGGCAAGUACUCCAUUUUCGACGUUGUGCUGCCUCAGCCUGGGUUCGAUGUCAUUUACCCUGCCAACCAAAUGACCGACUUCUACAAGACCUUCAUGGCUAGUGAGCAAGGUGGUGGUCUGGAUCCGUUUAACAUGCGCCGCAAGAACAAGGACACUAGUCUAAGUGGCGGGUACCGCAAGGUUUUUAGUCGAAUGGGACCCAAUUUCUCCCAUGAGAUCAAGUUGUACUCGGAGGACAAUGAGCAAUUCGUGCAGACCGACCUUGAGCGGCUUAACGGAAGCGCCGAGAGCGACAAAUCGGCUAGCUCUGGGAACGGGACCAAGCUUGCCGUGGUGCUAAAAUUCCAACUGGGCUCCAGCCAGUACGCCACCAUGGCUCUUCGCGAGCUCACCAAAGGCAGGGUCCGCGAGUACAAGCCGGACCUUGGCGGUGGUCGCUAA